CAACGGUCUAAUAUUUAACGCUGAUACCAUUAGAGGACUCCUCAACUUGUCAGAUACCGACAUUGCCUUCUUCUCUUCUCUCCUCCCAUGUAUAAAAAAAAUCAUAUUCUCUCUCUCCUCUCUCCAUAGAUCUCUACACUAUUUCCUACAUCUCCAAAUGAACCAAAGCUUCCAGUUCAUACCCUUUUCUCCAUUUAUAUAUUUCUUUAUCAUCACUUCCUUUCUCCUACCCAGAAGGGCCAUAUGCACAAAUCCCCAGUUCCUUGCCUGCAGCAUCCCCAAAUCUUGUGGCGAUGGCCAAAUCAUAUCCUUCCCAUUUUACAUCCACGAUCAGCAAGAAUCUUUCUGUGGUUACCCUGGAUUCAAUCUCACUUGUCAUAAUCGCCGUCCAAUUCUCAGACUACGUGGUAGUUAUUAUAUUAUCCACCAAAUCGACUACACGAGCCAGACUCUUCGUGUCUCAAACGCAGUGGUUUUCGACACAAACACCACUUGUGUUCCUCAAUUCAGAAACUUAUCUCUACUCGAUGACCGGUUCAAGAUAUUCUCAAACCAGACAGACCUCUUCUUGCUCUCUCGUUGUAACUCAACAUUGCUGGGAGGUGCAGCUAAUAGUGUGCUUCUAAAGUACAAGGUUGAUUGUAAUGGUGAGAGAGAAACUGGUCCAACUUUAUCGAUAUUUGACGGUGAUCCACUUCUGGGUAUUGCAUCAGACGUGUGUGAAGAUGAAUUGGUUGUACCUGUGGAUGUGGAAAGAGGAAAGAAUGAAGGGAUUGAAAGGAUGAUAAAACGAGGGUUCGUGUUGAAAUGGACUGCAAGUAAUUGCAGCAUUUGUAAAAGCAGUGGAGGCAAAUGCGGUUUUAAUAUCAGCACCUACCAUUUCAAGUGUUUCUGCCCAGACAGGCCCCAUGCUUGGGCUUGUCAUCCUGAUCGAGAAGAUGCAGGAAACAGCAACUUCAGAAUGAAGUUAGGAGUGGGAUUAGGUGCGGGCAUUGGAGCACUGGUCAUAUUAUUGUUUCUUUACAUUUUCCAAAGUUACCGUAAAAGAAAACAUGCUUCCUCUAACUUCCUGUCAACAAGUUCCUUUACUGAUCGCUCCUCAAAAUCAGACACAGAAAGGGGUGGCGUCUUCUUCGGCGUUCCCCUCUUCUCUUACACUGAACUUGAAGAAGCUACCAAUAAUUUUGACGGCAAAAAAGAGAUCGGAGAUGGAGGUUUUGGAACUGUAUAUUUUGGUAAGCUCCGAGAUGGACGAGAGGUUGCAGUAAAGCGGCUGUAUGAACACAAUUAUAGAAGGGUUGAACAGUUCAUGAAUGAAAUCGAAAUCCUUACACGCCUACGCCACAAAAAUCUUGUCACCCUUUAUGGAUGCACUUCCCGUCGCAGCCGGGGGCUCCUGCUUGUGUAUGAAUACGUUCCCAAUGGUACGGUGGCUGAUCAUCUCCAUGGUACAAUGUGUACGUCCAGUCCACUAACAUGGCAUAUUCGACUGAGCAUUGCAAUCGAAACAGCUAGUGCUUUGGCUUACCUUCAUGCUUCAGACAUCAUACAUAGGGAUGUCAAAACCGACAACAUUCUCCUUGACAACAACUUCUGUGUGAAAGUUGCUGAUUUUGGUCUCUCCAGGUUGCUUCCUAAUGACGUUACUCAUGUCUCCACUUCCCCUCAAGGGACCCCAGGAUAUGUUGAUCCUGAAUAUCACCAAUGCUACCGACUUACUGAUAAGAGUGACGUCUACAGCUUUGGAGUUGUGUUAAUUGAGCUCAUAUCUUCAAUGCCUGCUAUUGAUAUUAGCAGGCAUCGACAUGAGGUUAAUUUGGCCAACUUAGCGAUAAACAAGAUUCAAAAAUGUGAAUUUGAUGAGUUGAUAGAUCCAUCUUUUGGGUACAAGUCUGAUGAAGAAGUUAAGAGAAUGGCGAUUGCAGUGGCUGAGUUAGCAUUUCGAUGUUUGCAACAGGACAAGGAAAUGAGACCCUCCAUGGAUGAGGUACUGGAAGAACUAAAGAGAAUUGAGAGUGCUGCAGGUUUCAGGGAGAAUCAAGAUGAGAUACACAAUGAUAAUAAGCCAUUGAGGAAUAUGCUGCCACCACAUUCACCACCAGCUGAUUGCGAGGAUGCUUCACUGUUGAAACUUAUCCGACUGCCAUCUUCACCAGAUACAGUAACUGCUAAAUGGGCGAGUAGUUGCUCCACUGCAUCCAAUGUCAGCGGUUAGAAUUUUAUUUUUCUUUUCUAUCUGCUGCUCAAUUUUCAAGGUGGAUGAUGAGGGUAUGAUCAACGUUCAGUAUCAAACGGAAACAAGUGGGACAAUUGCUUCUCAUUUUACUUUAUUUUCCUGUUCAUAGAGACCAUCGUUAGGCUAAUUCUCAUUUGAGUGUAAAUAGUAAUUGAAGGUCCUAAUUAUAUACCAAUGUCCAUAUUCUGAAUCCCAUGUGAUGAACCUUGGUUGUUAUUAGGAACACAAAAGGAAAAAUUGCUUUAGUGUUCUGAAGAACAACCUUGAUAUGAUGCAUCACCUUUCUUAUUUCAUGGAAAACUCUCCUGAGUAUUACACCAUCGGGUGAUUAUAGAA